CUCGAGUCGGUCAGUGAAUGUGAGACUGGCAGGCAGCUUCAGCAGCAGCACUAACUGGAUACUCUGCACACUUAAUUACGAAACCUUUUCUUCUUUUGGAAGACAAAUUCCUGAUCAUGGGCGACAAGAAAAGCCCAACAAGGCCAAAAAGACAAGCCAAACCUGCGGCAGACGACGGCUUUUGGGAUUGUAGUGUCUGCACCUUUAGGAACAGCGCUGAAGCCUUCAAAUGCAGCAUCUGUGAUGUCAGGAAAGGCACAUCCACUAGGAAACCCAGAAUAAACUCGCAACUGGUGGCACAACAAGUUGCACAGCAAUUUGCCACACCUCCACCUCCCAAAAAGGAGAAAAAAGAAAAGGUUGAACGGCCUGAGAGGGAACGGCCAGAGAGGGAACAGCCUGACAAAGAAAGACUUGAGAGGGAACAGCCUGACAAAGAAAGACUUGAGAGGGAAAGGCCUGACAAAGAAAGACUUGAGAAGGAAAGGCCUGACAAAGAAAGACUUGAGAAGGAAAGGCCGGACAAGGAAAAAGAAAUACGCCCAGCUGUGACCAAAAAGCCUAGCAGCAAAAAGACAAAACCCAAGGCAGACAUCCUGCAAGGCCCACCCAGUGACGUCAACAGUAUACAAUCUGGAAAUGCUGCAAGAAAGACAGACAUUUCCCACAUUUCAAGGCCCAAACUGAAAAAUGUGGACAGAAGUACUGCACAGCAACUUGCAGUAACAGUGGGGAACGUCACAGUAAUUAUCACAGACUUUAAAGAAAAAACACGUUCCUCUUCCACAUCUUCAUCCACAGUGACGUCUAGCACAGGCUCAGAACGGCAGCACCAGAGUGGCUCUGGAUCCGAAAGUACAGACAAAGGCUCAUCGCGUUCCUCAACGCCAAAAGGACACAUGUCUGUAGGACACGAUGAAUCCUACUGAGCAUUGCACAUGGAAAUGUCAGAAAUAAUCAGGGUAUGAAAUUCAGAUCCUCCACCUGCCUGCUUCUUGGAUACUUGCAAUUAUCCUUUCCUGGAUGCACCUGUUUGGAUGUUUCUUUGGACCCAUUCUCAACAUCUUCAGGCCGAAUACAGAUUUACGUGGGCUUCUGGUCAAAAAAGGAAUUUUGCACCCUGACACUUCUGUAUUUCAUUGUUUUAUAUCAUUUUCCUAACAAUCAUUUGUAAAUGGAUGUGCGGCUGAACCUACUUUUUUUUUUUUUUUUUUUUUUUUAUAAAAUCUGCUGUGCAUAGUUUCUCAUGUACAUUUUAACUAUUUUCUUUCAUUAUUGGCUUUAUUUAUUACUUUUGCAGAUUACAUCCCUUUCAACACAACCUUUUUAUAGGUUGUUUUUCUGCUAGCAACGAUGCUUUUUUAAAUAUUUGCAGUCAGUUUGUUUGAUUAAAACAAAGUUAUUUACAUCUGACAUCUAAAGCACUGGUGCUUCCUACACUGAAGUAAAACCAGCUUGGAACAGUUACAUGACUGGGACUGUCCUGUUUACAAAAAAAAAAAAAAACAGAAGCUAAUUCUGUGUAACACCAUUUAUUUAAAGUGGAAUUAUUGAGCAAAAAAAUCAACAGUCCGUGAAUGCUCAAAUUACAAUAUUAUUUUGCAGAAGAUGCGGAAGUCUGUUUUUGGAUAAAAAAAAUAAAUAAAAAAGAAUUUCAAAGUCUUCACGACAUUAUCCUUUAAGAAAUUUGAAUUACUCUUGAAGCAAAUUUCAUGUUUCAUCCAUCAAACGAAGAACAAACUGAUAUGGUUGCAUUUUGCGGUCCAUGUUCCCUGUGUAACUUGCCACCCACUGUGUGUUUCUCUGUUCCUCUGUGUUGGAAUUGUAUAUUCACAAAGGAGAAGCUGGAGGCAUAAUUUUCCAAUCUUGGAAUGUUCUGUAGGGUCUAUGUUUUAAAACUAAUGGAUGAUGGAGGAGACUGACAGUUUUUGCAGUUUGUGUGGAGCUCAUUUUGUUUUGAAAUUUUAAAUAGCCUUGUAUGUGGAGCAGCCAUUGGGAUACCUGCUUUUAACUUUUGAAAUGUAUCUACAUGUUCACGUGUUGGCCAGUUUCUUUUCAGGUCUCUGGAGUAAAACUGUGUGACUCCACGCAUUUAUGUUCUAACUUUUCUUAGAAGCUGCUGUGGUGCAAAACAACAACUUUGUUUCAACUGGACAACUAUCUGAUUUGGGAAUGGAUUAUUAAGUUUGGUCAUAAUUGAGAACUCUGCUGGAAAUGAAAUGAAGGUGGAUAAAAAAUAUCUGAAUAGAAAUAGCAUUGCAUUAGCUUAGUCUAAAAUACCUUAAAGGCAUGGGUCCCAUUUACAUUUACUUUCAAGUUACUAUUAAGUUUACUCUGCCAUUUAAAAGUCGUUAUGUUUAUUUUUAUUUUAUUUUUUGGGGCAUUUUUGUUCAUCUUGUAUCAAGAAUACAAGUAUGUUUUCUUUUAAAAUGAUGAACUUAAAUGUUUAAUUAUUUAUUGACAGACCAAAGGAAUUUAAGUGUUUAGCACAAACACAGAACAAAAAUACUAGGUUUUCAAAUGAAUGUAAAACCAAUUAAAAUAUAAAUGGGAUUAAACCCAUUAAAAACCUAAAUGCAGUUCUUGUCCAGUUCAUUUAGUAACAUAAGUGUAAACACUUUACUUAAUAAAGAUAACAACAAAUAUUCACUAUAACUUCAAGAUAAAAUACAUGUAAUGCCUACUAAAUCUCACUCUAACUGUAUAUUUUGCACAGCUAGCAAUUAAAAAAAAUUAAAGUGAAAAAUGUACUCUGGUUGUCAACAUUCAUGUAAAUUAAACAGACUCCUAAAGCAUUAAAACAACUAUAUUACUUUCAAAGGUGCUGAUCUUUUGUGGUACAAUAACCAGCUACUUGUAGGCUGUUGGGUCCCGGUUCAUUCAUGCAGAACCUUCUGUAGCAGCCUUUCAGUAGUGCCUCCUUCAUACACUGUAAGAACUUUACAGCCAAACAGGCAGAAUACGACCGUGGAGACUUGGGGGACAAGUCACAUUUUAACAUGAUACUUGUACUGAAUUUGUGCACAGAUAGUAUAAACGUAUUGUUCAAAUUAUUCUAAAUUCCAAACCUCGUUCAUUGUCAUUUAUUUCUAACCAAACAAAAUGUCUGUUUGAAAGUAAUGCCUUUUCUGUAGUUGCUCUUUUAAAUAACAUAAAUUGUCAUGUAGUUAUAAAACCAUGCUCGGAUUCAAAAUAGUUAUUCAACAUGAUUUUUAUUUUGUAUUUGUCUGUCCAUAAUGUUAUGUCAUCACAUCAGUUGAACAAGCCAAGGCUUGGUCAGAUGUGAUGGGCAAUAAGCUGUAUUCAUGACAGGAUUUACACAGGAAGAUAAAUACUUUCCAUUCACUUUAAUUUUAAAAUGAUGGGCCAUUUGUUGGAAUCACUGACUCAACUGCUUAAAUUUACACUGCAAUACAUGAAAUAAAGCAGCCUAGUUCACAAUCCACAGUAAAUGGCGUUUCACAUGCCUUACCAAAUCUCAUACUCUAUCUACUUUUGUAAAAAUGUAUCAAUUGUAUCUUAAAUUAUUGAAUUUAAUAUUUGCUGGAUAUAUUAAAAAAAAAAAAAAAAAAAAAAAAUGCUUGUAUGUAACUUGAAAUGGUUCAUAAGCCAACAUUUAGAGUAUGAAAAUGGAGCUUUACAGUUUUUAACGCGCAAGCAGUUCUGUUCUUGUGUAUGACUUGUAACCUUAAUUUACUGUGUAAAGAUGGUUACAUUAUUUUAUUUUAUUAUUUCUUUUAGCUUUGUUUGUUGGAGACCCAAAUACAGAAUGCUUCUUUUAAAUCCGGCAGCACAUAAUCUUGUUUUUAUUUUUUAUGUUAAUGUAUUAUACAAGCUAUAUUUUUUAUUUGCCCUAAAAAGAUGUCUUGUAAAAUGCGUUGGAAGUUUUUGCUCUGUAAAUUAUGUAGGGUCAACAGCCUGUUAUUUUAUUUUUUCCACAUGCUAAAGUGUUAUUGGUGGUUUUGUGAGCUGAUUUAAAUUUCCAGGUCUUUCAAUGUUUUUUGGGAACUUUUAAUAGGUCCUGCUGUUUGUCUAGCAAAUAAAAUGUUAAUAUAUUAAUGUUAACUGGCAUGUGCACGACUGUUAUUAGAGGCCACUUUAUCAUUUCUCCUGCUUCAAAUAGAAAUGUCUAUUUAUGAAUUCUGCUUGUAGUUUUUCACAAAUAAAAUGGUUAAAUUUAUUUAA